CAUCUACGCAACUGGAGAUGAAUUUGGCUGCUUCUAAGAAAAAAGGGAAACGAAGUGUAAUCACGUGGAAAGGGUCUGAACUUGUGCGCCUGCUGGCAGAAGGGAGUGCGUAAGUGAGGGAGUACAAGACGCCAAGGGUCAAGGGCGCUUAAUUCUUACCGGGAUCAACUUUAGGAGCUGCAUCAGGAUUGAAGAAAAUGUUUAAGAAGGCUACAAAGAAGAUUGCAUAUGAGUUGGACCCCACUGGAAUGCUAAUACCAGUUCAAAGUUCAAACAUCUCGUCCAAAUUUAAAUUACUGUAUCUGGUCAAAAAGGUGGUUUCCAUUUGGCCAUGGAAACCAAUGGCAUAUGUACCAACUGGAGUAAAUCUGGAUAAAGUACUGAAGGAAGGAGAUACAAGGAAUAUAGGCCAGGAAACAAACACCAAAGUGACAGUGAGUACUUCCUCUAUUGAUGAAGGCAAAUUGAGGGGGACAAUAACAACAGGCAUUUGGGAAACUGAUGGAAAGGCCACAGUCAGCCUUCUCCGCUCCAUUGGGUCCACCAGUUUAGAGGCCGUGGAGGUCAGCUUGGAUGACUUAAUGAAGACACUAGAAAGAAGCAAGUUUGACAUGUCACAUUGGCUGAUUAAAAAGCUACAGAUGGAUAAAGUGGAUGGCGUGGGCAUCGUAAUCCAGGAAGUCAGAACUACAAAUCCACUGGAGGUCCAAAUGUUGACAUCUGCCAGAGGAUCACUGAAGUUCCACGCUCAGCCCUUAGCUCAGGUGUCAACAGCAUUUUCAGUGGAUUAUGAGCAUAAACUCACUGUGGAAGAAGGAACGAUCUUGGCUUUCAGAGUUUAUGAACUUAACAUCCAGUAUGAUGGAACCCUGAAUUCCAUUGGGUCACCUACCAAAAAAAAAUGCAUGUUUGUCAAUGACGAUAUCCACAUACCUGAAGACAACGUGACAGAUUUUAAAUCAUUGAAGUCACAAAUGGGAAAAUACUUCAGAGAGUUUACACUAAUAGACAAGACAACCAAAACACAUCUCUGGAAAUUCCUGUCAAAACUUCUGCCCAGUACAGAAGCCUUAAGCCUACUGUUUCAAAUGCUUGAAUUUAACCAGCCAGAGUCUGAGAAUGAGCUUUUGGCAACUGAAGCUUUGAAUGAGGACAUGAAGCAAACGUUUAAGGACCUGGAGGAGUUCUUGGGGAUCUCUGCUUCUGAUGAGGACAACCCAAAUGAACUUGUGAGGACACUUAUGAUAUUUGUCGGCGUGGCAGAUGAUCUUGACGACCUGAUUAUGAAAUAUAUUUGUAGAAUAAAUAAGGAAGCACGUAAACAGAAGCUUCAGUUGGUAGAAACAAUUUUGGAGCAAGUUUGCAGUGAGAAUGAAACAUCGACUUUUACUCUGCCAGAGGGCAGCUUCGCCGAAGAUGAAGAGUUUCUGACACUGUGUGGAAUAGAGAAAUGUGAGGACAUGCCGACUGGUAACCACUUUGUUGUAAUCCCAUCCCAGAAGCCCAUACUGCUGUCAAUGUAUGUCAUGAUUUACGGUCUGGAAUCCUUGGACCCAGAGAACGAAGGGUGACCAGUACAGAUUUUUAAGUUGUUUCAUUGUAAUGCUUACAUAGGAAUUUCAAAAAACAGAUUACAAAAAACAUUUAUAAGUUAAUGUUUUAUAAUAAAACAAAAUAAACACUCAUCAAAUUAAAUUAGACUGAUUGCCAUUUAAUUUCUGUCAGCCAUACUUUCUCUUCUUCACCCUUUCUGCCUUGCACCGCUGUUCGUCAGACAAUCCAAUGUAGCAAAUUAUAUCCUCUUCUCAGCCAGCAGCCCUGUACCAUUUCCAUUUUUUGUGACCCCUGUUUCCCUUUCCCUGCUGGCCUGACUAAUCAUUCUCCAUUCUUUUUCUCCUUCCUACUCCUCCUUUUUCAUGCAAUACCAUGUUAAAUUGAGACUGACCAAUGCAUU